UUGCAAAAAUGGGAUUUUGCGAUAUUGUGAGAUUUUGGGGGGCGAGGCGCAAUUUUCGUAUUCAAAUCAGAACUGGUUACAAGGCCAAGUGAAAAGGAAAUUCCUUCUACAAAAAGCAAACCGUUUUUGAGCUUGAGGACGGGCCUGCCUCAUUGACCUGUUUUUUGUUGUGACUGCUGCAUUCACCAGUACCCUACUCUUUCGCAACACAUUUCCGAUACCAUGCAUUACUCAAUCCUGGUAGCGAUGGCGUUGCUAGCUACACCGCUGGCCAAAGCCGAUCCAGUCUUCCUCGCUGAAGACCAGUAUACCAUUGGCACCAACUAUCUCAUCGCUAUCGAUUUUGGCAUCAUGGACCCAGUUCCGACACACAAAUUCUACCUAACCUACGGCCCUCCUCCUACACCCAAUCAAGCCACUUCUGCCCUCCAAACCCUCUACACCGACAUUGGCCUCGCGGAACACAUCCCAGACAUUGGCAGUGCAACCCGCUUUGGCGCAAACUGGACAGUAGGAGCCGCACCCGGUACGACCAAAGAACAAGUGGACGCACUCUUGAAGCCUAAUGCGACCUGGAAAUUCGCUGCGAGAGGAGAUGUCAAAUUACCGGAUGGACAAUGGAACUACUGGACCGUCUCCCUUCGGGAAUUUAAAGUCGUCGAACGAGGCUUGAAUGAUCCUAUUAGUCUGAAUCCUCCAGCGUCGGUACCUACCGGUACACCCCAACCACCAUCUACCUCCGCAACGACGACCCCGGGCUCGACGCAGACACCUGCACCUGGCUCAAAGUCCUCGGUUGACCGUGUUGGAACGUCUUUGAUGACAGGAUUGGCUGUCGCUGGACUCACGACUCUGAUGAUCGUUAUCGGUCUAUGAACAUUUUGGAUUUUUUUUUUUUGUAUUGUAUAUGUGUAGAUUCCCCUUAUGGCAGUUUUUUGUAUGUCCUAGUUGGACUCAUUCUGAGCAAACUUGUAGCGGAAUGAUGAAAAAAAAAUAUGGUAGUUGUUAUGACUUUGUCGGGGUCGAUCUGUUUGUAUAUUUGUAUUAUGAUAAUCUGUUACCAUCUAUUGACUGUCCGCCCACCUUUGCCAAAUUAUAUUUUUAUUACUCGCCAAUUGCUUCCAAUGACAAGCAAAGUCGUAGACUUUCAAGAUACCAUUUACCACCUCUUUUCCCACAAAACCCUCGACAACUGACGAUCAACGCUUUUAUCCUCAGCGCCAUGUAGGGUUCGUCGCUAUAUAAAGUUACAAAAAUGCAACCUUUUGAACCAGCCUAGCACGAUCAUAGCCGGGUUAUCGAGCCGACAUAAGAAUGCCAGCAUGAACACUAUCCGUCCGCACAUGUCACCUUUCGAAACGCAUGAAAAUCUCCGACGUCGAGAGUUCUUGUCAACAAAAUACCGGUUACCACUUUAACAUGCUUGAACGUCCGUCUCAGCGAUGCUAUCGGAAAGUACUAGGUAGACCUUACUCCCUCUUUUUGUACAUGAUUUCGUUGCGGAACAAAAAAUGGCUCGGUUAUCGGUACUGAAGACUAGCGGUAUUUUGCAACCGUUGAAGCGCCUGGCCGAUAUGAAAAUACUUGGACCGUCCUUUGAUGUCGUAGCAAUUGUUUGCAAUGUCGGUUCGAAAUGCUUGUACUUCGACAUGCUUUGGUGAACCGUCCUUGCAUAUCAAUCAUUUGAAAUGCAAAGAGUGUUCCGUUUGACCCAGAUAUGCCACUAUCUACUUGCUCCAACCUUCCCGUCUUCACAAUUGCCGUUGGAUAUGCCACUGACGGAUAUGCAACUGACGAAAACACUUGAGCGAUAUGAAGGACUUUCCACGUCGGACCUUGAAAGUUGUCGUAGCAAAUGCGCGUUAUUUCACUUUCGAAAUGCUUGAACACCUCGUCCUUUUAGAGUUGUCGUAGACAGUUUGCCUUUCCACAAUGCCAGUUUGAAACGUGUACGAGCCAACUGCUUCAACUGCGUUUUUAGUACUCUCCAUUGUUCUCCAAGAUGGUCGUAGCCGAGAAUUCUACGUCGUUUCGAAAUGCUUGAGCGAAAUGCUUGAACCUCACGUUCCUUUCAGCUGUCGUGAAAUACUCGAAACUGGCACUGAAGCAAAGUAGAUGGACCAUCUGCUCUUCUUGAUCGUCGCCGUUUUCAAUCUCUUGCCGCUGACCAAAAUCGCUGUUGCGAAGACUUUUCCGGCAUCGCCAGAUCGACUGAUUCGAGACUUGCUCGCCGUAAGAGUUCGAGUUUUGCAUUUCGUCGUCGUCGUCGUCGUAAGAGUCUCGAGCAGAUUAUAAAAAAGGAAGCGGGGAGUCGAACCCCUAAAGCCAACCAAUUUGGCACUCCUCUGUGUUUUUGUAUGUAGCAGUGGCGAAAUGGGGGAUCGGACCCCACAACGCCGGGUGUAAGGAGUUGAACCUCACUAGCCAGGACCUUGGGAUCGCCAAGUUCGCAGCUCACAAGCCAGCACCCAACACAAGCCCUCGCACCAACACAAGCCAACGACCAACCAAAUAUGUACAGUGAAGCCCUCAGAACCAACACAAGCCAACAACCAACACAAGCC